AUGAUUACGAUCGAGCUGACGGAAUCAAGUGAGCUUAAUGCAGGGGGUGGGGAGGGAGGAAUAGGAUAUUACGCCAUCCUGCACCCAAUGAAGGCAAAAUACAUUUGCACGAUCAGCCAGGCGAAGAAGGUGAUCAUUGGCAUCUGGAUCUCGUCGUUCAUCUUGGCGGCUCCCUCCGCCUCCAUCCAGGUCCUGCACCCAAAAAAUGGGAUGGAGGUGGAAGGGAAGAAGUACUACUGGUGUACACGGAACUUCGAUGCCCCCGUGCUAUGGAGGUCUUUUGAGAUCUACAUGCUUCUCCUCGUCUUCGUCGUCCCCGGGGUGAUCAUGACCCUUUCCUACACGGCCAUCUGCAGAGAAGUCGGGAAGGUGAUGAGGGCCCGGGCGCACAUGACCAACGGCACCGGCUCCGUGAAUGAUUAUGAAGAAGAUAGAGGAUGUGAGAAAGAUUCUCGUCGGGGGAACGAUACCAGCACAAAGGUAUCCCGAUGUACGGAGGAAGACGCAGCCACAUCUCGACAGGUGGUGAGGAUGUUGGUGGUGGUUGUGCUGCUAUUCCUCCUCUCCUGGGGUCCAUCACUCAUCGAGAAUGUCCUCACUUCCUUCGACGUCAUCGAUGAACUUCAUUCCACUGCGGUGUUGAAGCACAUGAGGCUCGCUUUUGCCCUCAUGGCUUACUUCAACAGCUGCGUGAACCCAAUCGUCUACGGGUUCAUGUCGCGGAAUUUCCGCGAAGGUUUCCGGCAGGCGUUGAGCAUCUGUUGGAAGAAGAAGCUGUGUCGGAGAUCCCAAGACAAGCGUACCGUCUUGACGUCACCAGGUUCGCCCAUAUUCCGUUGA